AUGGUGGCCAGCAGCUCAGCUGUUGCGCAUGUUGUUGAGUGUAGCAUACAAUUUCUCCUGAUCCAUCAAUCUAUCGUCGAGUCGACCUCUCCCAACUGA